UAAAGCAAUCGUUGCUAAUUCUUAUCAAUUCUCACGCUAUCACCACUUCCCAGCCAUUGUUCGACUCACGAUGUUCUCCAAAUCGUGUCUUGUGUUAACUUUGCUCGUCCUUUUUGAGGCCUCGACAUGCUACCAAAUCACCUCGGACACCCGCCUCGACGAGUUCCCGCUCCAAGUGCGCAAUUUUAAAAACCCCGACACCUUCUUCCGCUUCGACUUCUUCCAUCACGUAACAAUCGAGGAAAUCGCGUGUCCGGAGCAGUACACCUUCGACCCCACCGUCAACCACUGCGUCACCAGCUCCAAGAACCACGGGCUAGUCCCGGUGGAGACCUGCACCGUGAAACCGUGGUCCACGGGCCUGCACUCCAACCCCGACAGCUGCUUCAGCUACUACAACUGCAACGAGCAGCAGUGCUGCUACUUGAUGUCGUGCCCCAACUACCUCGUCUACAAUUCGACUAGUGGACAGUGCGACUACCCCAGACAGGCACAAUGCUGCGAGUACGUCGAGAAAAACCCAGAUAGACUAGUUCAGUGAUUUAUUUAGCGGUGUAAUACAGGUUUUAAUAAAUGAUUCAGUGGUAGCUGGGCAGAUGGCGCGCUGCGUUGUUUCUUGUGCUGACAUCUGGUGACGAAACGCGCAGUCUUAAGCUAAAAUGGUGUGUAAAUUAGUACGAAAUAAAGGUUCAGUUGAGGAAGAUGCUUCCUUCGUAA